AUGUCAAGAGAAUUAGAAAAUAUAUCCAAUGCUAUGAAUGAUUAUUACAACCGUCUUUUAGCCAUAGAGAAUAUUAUAAAGAAUUGGGAUUCUCUUAAAAAAGAUCCGCUGCUUACACUAAAAAGUAAAAUUGUGAAGACUGAUAGACUAAUAGAUACAAAAGAUAAAACUUCUGAUAUCAGUAAAGAGAUUUAUACGAAUGGUUUUCAUAUUUGGUACGUAAAUGCCACUGAUCCAUGGAAUCGAGUGAUGUAUGACGUGAUAGUAAAUCAAAUAAAGGAGAGUAGCUUAGCUAAAAAAGCUCUUCAGGCUUUUCAAAUCGUCUCAUUAUCCACACUAUCCAACCCUAUCGUUACGGAAACCAAUUCUUCGCACACUAGUGUGAUUAGUAAGCCAAAAAGUUCUGUAAAGAAUACAAAUCGCAGAGAGCGUGUCUUCAACAAGAAUAAAGAAUCCUUGGCGGUAUCGUUAAACGCAUCUACGAUAGAGAGCGUGGAUACCAAUGCAUCUAGUGUUAAUACAAUUUACGAAAAAGUAUUGAAACCUCGAUGGACUAUGCUACCUAACGAAAUUCAGAAAUUCAAAAUUCGAUACCAACCCGAAGAUAUAGGAACUCACCGGCAAACAUACGCGUUAUCCAUUCUCGAUGGCAAUGAUAUUACUUAUGACAUCAAUGUUUAUGGUGCUACAGAUAUUCCGAUGCUAGAUAUGAACCCUAACGCUAUUUUUUCAAAGGUAAUAACGUUUUCUAUAUAUGAUACGGAAAUGUAUACAGAAAUUAUCGAAGAAACGAAGGUGAACGAUAUAAUCGAACCCACGUACUUUUCCGACGUUGGUAUUUACGACUUUGGAUCGUUACUGAUUUUUCGAAAGGAUAAAAGCGCUCAUCGUCGUGAAGUAACAUUUAAAUUCUGCAAUGUAUCCAAAGUCGAUGCGCAAGUAUCCUUCUCUCUCCAGGAAAAUAAUUCAGAUAUUUUCAUUAUAGAGCCAGAGAAACUUUAUAUUCAGAUAAGUUGUUUUCAAUUAUUUCGUGCUGGACAGUGUAAAUUGCUAAAAAUAUCGGCAAGCGUUACAAAACUCGGUUUAUUUACCGAUAAAUUAUAUGUAUGUAUCACGAAUAAUCCGCACGUUGAAAUAAUCGAGCUCCGAUGUAAUGGCACGAAAUUGGACAUAGAAUUUGAGGGCAAACAGUUACAUUUUGGUCAAGUGCUCUUGUAUCGAAAAAGCUUUCUUUCUAGUUUCAUUCGAAAUAGAUCUCCGAUCGAAAUAUUCUGGCAUUUGGCUCCUGAUGAACCGUUCGACCCUCAAAUCUCAAUUACGCCGAUUAAGGGAAUUGUCAGGGGCCAGAGUGAUCAAAGAAUUGAAUUCUGUUGUCAUGCUAACAAAGUGAAAGACCGAACUGCACUAAAUAUACCAAUACUUAUUACUAAAGACAUUAAUAUUUAA